CCAAAAAUAUCGAGUUCACCAGGAGCUUUUUUCUGAAUUCAUCCUGAAUUGAGAAGAAGACGCAGCAAUGAGUCUCACUGCUAAGGACAUGUCUGUGGUGAAAGCCCUUUGGGGCAAAAUCUCCUCCAAGGUCGAUGAGAUCGGAGCUGAAGCUUUGGGCAGGAUGCUCGUCGUGUACCCCCAGACCAAGACUUACUUCUCCCACUGGUCUGACCUGAGCCCUGGAUCCGCUCAAGUGAAGAAGCAUGGAAAGACCAUCAUGGGGGCUGUCAGUGAUGCAGUGUCCAAAAUUGAUGACCUUCCUGCCGCUCUGUCCCAGCUCAGUGAACUGCAUGCUUACAAGCUGAGAGUGGACCCUGCUAACUUCAAGAUCCUGGCUCAUAACAUCAUUGUGGUCACAGCCAUGCUGUUCCCUGCUGACUUCACUCCUGAAGUUCAUGUGUCUCUAGACAAGUUCCUGCAGAACUUGGCCUGGUGUCUGGCUGAGAAAUACCGCUAAACGAUCAAUGGGAAGAGACAGGUCGACUGGCGCUGUUGUUCUUCGAUUCUUCGAUACAACCAUGUCUGAAUAAAGUCACUCGAUAAAUCAAUA